UUGGAGAGUCUCACUGUUAACCCUUUUGUGCUGCCUGCUUCUCUCCAGUGCCAGGCUGAGGCAGAGGGGGAAUGCUGUGGCCCUUUAAAGCCAGAGGGAAUGACUUCGGAGUUGGGAGAGUUAAGCUUCUGUCAAUCCUUAUCCUAAUGUGUGUCCGCGAUGGCGAGUGUGCUGUCCAGGAGGCUGGGGAAGCGGUCCCUGUUGGGUGCCCGCAUUUCUGCGCCCCCUUUGCUGGGGGAUGGGAUGCUUAUGACAACUCACGGUCAUCCCCUGCAGCCGGAACACAGCAAAGCAUCUCCUCACCUUGGUUCAUAUGAGGAUGGCCACUUCAAGGAACACGUUGAAGACUCUGGCAGUCAGAACCAAAAUUGGCCAGUGCUGCGACCUGGCCAAAAGGUAUAUGUCUUUUACAAUGGGCAAGAGAGUGCUGGGCUGGUGGAGUACCAUGACCUAGUCAGUCAUGAAGUGAAGGUGUUGCUCCUGGAAAAGGGGUUUUAUGUCAGUAGGAAAGCUGAGGAAGUGAGACUGGCUGAAGUUGGGGCAUCACCUCUCCCCAAACUGGAGAUGGACCAUGGAACCCCUACAACAAUGGACUACAGUGCGGUCCCUGUGGUAAUGGAGCAUUCCACAUCUUCAGCAGAUAUUGCCGUAACAUCUAGUUUGAGAUCGGUUUCUAGGAAUAUUGAUGUACCAAAAAGGAAACCAGAUGCUGCAGUGGAGAUGGACGAGAUGAUGGCAGCAAUGGUGUUAACCAGCUUAUCCUGUAGCCCUGUGGUACAGAGUCCCCCUAACAGUGAUGCCAGCAUCUCAACAUCCCAAGCAACCUGCGAUGCCUGGAAAGAGAGUGGUGACAUGUCGGACGGUGGGAGCAGUACCACAAGUGGGCACUGGAGCGGCAUCUCCACCCCUUCUCCCCCACACUCAGAGGCCAGCCCCAAGUACUCAAACGAGGCCUUCAGUUCUCCUCGGGCUGAUGAUGGCUUUGAGACAGACUCGGAUCCCUUCCUCUUUGAAGAGCCUGCUCCAAGGAAAAGAAAGAACUCAGUGAAAGUGAUGUACAAGUGCUUGUGGCCCAGCUGUGGCAAAGUCCUUCGCUCCAUUGUUGGGAUUAAGAGGCACGUGAAGACCCAGCAUCUGGGAGAUGGGGCCAACUCUGACCAGAGAAAACGGGAAGAGGAUUUCUACUACACUGAGAUGCAAGUGAAGGAGGAGGAGGCACCUCCGGAAUCUUCUGCGCCCGCUCCCAACCCCACUGCAGGGUCCUCUCCCAUUGUCAUCCAGCAGGCUCCCUCUCAGCCAGAGGCUCUUGUUCUGGAUCAGGCAACCCCCUUGGAGCCUCAUCUGCCCAACAGUGCUCUCAGCCAGUCUGCCCCCAGUUCUUUCUGGCACAUCCAGGCUGACCAUGCCUACCAGGCUCUCCCAUCUAUUCAGAUUCCUGUAUCCCCACACAUAUUCACCAGCAUCAGCUGGGCUGCUGCAACCUCGACCAUCCCCACCCUCUCACCGGUUCGAAGCCGGUCCUUGAGUUUCAGUGAACAGCCACCCCCACCUCCAGUGCUGAAAUCCCACCUGAUUGUUGCAUCCCCCCCAAGAGCACCCAGUGGCACUAGAAAAGUCCGUGGCGAAGCCAAGAAGUGCCGCAAAGUUUAUGGCAUCGAGCACCGAGACCAGUGGUGCACAGCCUGCCGAUGGAAAAAAGCAUGCCAGAGAUUUUUGGACUGAGAAGGAUGUGUCUACAUUCACACCGCUUUCUGGUGGGAAGUCUCAGAGAGCUCUCUCUUGCAGUUACCCAAGAGCAAAUAGCCAGAUCUCUGUAUUUUUGCCACAUCCAGGGCUCCAUGGCCUUGGAAGCAAUUCCUGGUGCUUUGGCAGAAAUCUUGCGAGCCACGUGUUUAUCCCAAGCUGUGUAUAGUCUACAUCUGCCAGGUUUUCUAACGUUCAGUGUUUUGUGGGGAAGCUUUUUCUACACGUCUUUUCUUUUUUAAACCGACAAAUAACACAGAGCCUCCCUUUUUAUCUGUAAAUAAGGGGGACAAAGGCAAAAAAAAAAGCUGAUUGCUUGAUAUAUCUUACAGACUUGUUUCUAGGUGGGUCCAGGGACCAAAGAACUUUGAUCUGUUCCCCAGUAUGAGGGAGAGGUUGGCUGUGUGGUUGGAUUGAUGACUGCAAUAUGGAGCAGAGGAGCAACUGUUUCACCUCCCCUGAAGUCACUUAACCAUUUAGAGAGUGCAAAAUGAGGACAGGAAGGGAACUACUAUUAGUGGAUGAGGACAGUUGCUCUGCUAAUGGACACUCUGUUUCUCUGGUAGUCCUCGGGGAUGCCCGCACAGGAGUUAGCCAUUUGCAUCCUUAAAUGAGCGCUGCUUUUCGUUUCAUUUUGUUGUGUUGCUGUUGGGAAACAAUCAUUGCUUUAAAUUGCAAGGCGAUUUUUCCCCCCUCAGAUUCCAAAUACCAUGAAGUGGAAGGAACAUAAAAAUAUUUUUCUGGCUUUUCUUAGCAGUUGUAAAGCCAAAAACAAAUGUAUUCUGUGAGCGUCUUCUCUGAAUAGAACUAUUGAUUGGUAUAACUGGUGGCUUAAGAUGCCUGUUAUCUUGACAUCCGCAAUGCAACUUUCAUUACCUGAUACCAUAGGAACAUCACAGUCUUCCCACUGCCACUCUACAUACUACGUGGCAGUAAACUGGAGUUUGCCACAACAUGCUUUCAAGCAAGGAUCUGUGUCAGUCUUGGCUCUCCAACAGUGGGAAUGUUCUCUGGAGUAUGAACUGGACCUGUGCAUAUUACAUUUUUAGUGGUACAGCUGGGAUUUUUUUCUUAUAACUUUGUAUUCCUCUGUCCUAGUAAUUGGCUCCCCAAAUCAGGCUUAGCUUCCAGAGGAGAAUUACAUGUUUAAUAUUUAAUUAAUUGAGUUUCCUAUGAAUGGUCAUGCAGUUGGCCAGUUUCAUUUGUUUUCUAAUUGUCAUAGGAGCAAACAGAUAAUGAGCAAUAUAGCAUAGCAUAAAAGCCAUGAUCGUGUUCUUCCUUCCUCUUCAGGGUCAGCCCACCUGUCCAGCAGUCUAAGUCUUUGAACAUCAGUGAAGCAGCAUUCCAAGAUUUGCAUGUCAGAAGCCCGAGCUGUUUUCCAGGGCAUGCUGGUCCAUGUUCAGUUUCUUGGAAUGCCAACUUAUUUUACCCUGCUGCCCCAUUCAUUGUUUCCACCCCUUCUUUCUGGCCACCGAGUGAGCUUAGAUCCAGAAUCUGUUGUCCCCAGUCUGUCAGCAUGUAAUUAGAAGCUAGAAUGGAGGCCUCUUGCAAACUGGGAGUGACAUAGAGAUAGAUCUCUGUAUUGGAAAUAGUAGUUGAAGAGGCCAACAUUGUUGGGAUUUGAUGUGUUCAAUUUUCAAAAAUACUUGAGCCAUCAGGAAGAAAAAAAAAAAGCAGUUGAGUAUUUUCCAAAUUGGGGGAUGAGGGAGGAU